AUGGCUUCAUCCAAAGUUCUCCUAGUCCCAGUUCAGCUUGGUGAGCCCCCUCAAACCCUAUAUUUAAUACCUGAUACUGGCAGCGACGCCACUUGGGUCUACUGCGAUCGCCUCCCAUAUCGCCGUAACAAUAACUUCUCAAAUCACAUCUUUAGUUACUCUCGCUCUUCCACCUUUGCUCCCGUAUACUGUUCCUCACCUGAUUGCACUGGCACCAACCGAUGCUCCUCCACCCGAGAUCUCUGCAAUUAUACUCACGAAUACGUCGAUGGAACGGCAACAGCAGGUUACUGGGCUACCGACACUGUGACAAUUAAAUCCCACAAGCGAAGAUUGGACCUAAAACUCCAUGGCAUGAUGUUCGGAUGUAGCUCGCAGGAUUUGAUCGACCUCACUGAUGCUGAUGGGAUCCUUGGAUUGUCUCCUGAUCACCCUUCCUUCACCAGCUACUUGGCACCAAAAUUUGGAUACAUGUUCUCUUACUUUCUUUCGAGCAACGGAGGAGUAUCGAACCAAAAUCUUCUGGUUUUCGGAAGAACCGAAAGAUCUGGGGUGAGCUUCGAUCCCGAGCAAAUGCAGUACACCAAGCUAAUACAGACCAAAUCUUUCUUCCAGGUCGAAGUCUCAGGUUUGUUAUUCGAUGAUGUGCUGCUCGAUAUUCCCAAGUGGGUAUGGAAAUUUGAUGCUGAAAAUGAGUACAGUGGCGUCAUUUUAGACACCGGAACGACGUUUACGUAUGUGCCUGAAGUCGCAUUUCAGGCCAUGCAUGAUUUAUAUGCAGAAUUCUUUCAACCAUACAGCAAUGUAACAGCAACCAACUCAGAUAUAUGCUUUAAUUCUUUGGCUCCUGAGUUUGAUGGAAUUCAAAUUCCCAGAGUGGCAUUUGAAUUUGAAGAUGGAGCUCGAUUUGUUCCACAUGAAGCAAACCUAUUUUACGAGGAUGAAGAUGGAAGGCGUUGCUUGGCGAUUCAGAAAAUUGAUCAGAGUGAUGGUUCAAUAAUUGGUAGUAAUUUGCAGACUGGUUUCUUCUGGGAGUAUGAUUUGUUGAAUCAGAGAGUAGGUUUUGCUCCAUUAGUCUAG